ACCGUCGCGCACAGCUGGACCCAGGCACGCAGUUGGGCCUCAGCAGUGCCCAGGGCCGGUUCGAUCCUCAUGGAGCUGAGCCUCGCGGGGCGCCGGGCGCUCGUCACUGGGGCGGGCAAAGGCAUCGGGCGCAGCACUGUACAGGCGCUGCAUGCGGCGGGUGCCCAAGUGGUGGCUGUGAGCCGGACCCAGGCCGACCUGGACAGCCUGGUCCGCGAGUGCCCUGGGGUAGAGCCCGUGUGUGUGGACCUGGGUGACUGGGAGGCCACGGAGCGAGCGCUGGGCGGCGUGGGCCCUGUGGACCUGCUGGUGAAUAAUGCCGCCGUGGCGCUGCUGCAGCCCUUCCUGGAGGUCACCAAGGAGGCGUGUGACACGUCUUUCGACGUGAACCUUCGGGCUGUCAUCCAGGUGUCCCAGAUCGUGGCCCGAGGCUUAAUAGCUCGGGGAGCCCCGGGGUCCAUCGUGAAUGUCUCUAGCCAGGCCUCCCAGCGCGCACUGACUAACCACGGCGUCUACUGCUCCACCAAGGGUGCCUUGGACAUGCUGACCAAGGUGAUGGCUCUGGAGCUUGGGCCACACCAGAUCCGUGUGAAUGCCCUCAACCCCACAGUGGUGAUGACACCCAUGGGCCAGGCCAACUGGAGUGACCCCCAGAAGGCCAAGACCAUGCUGGAUCGGAUCCCGCUUGGCAAGUUUGCCGAGGUGGAGAACGUGGUAGACACCAUCCUCUUCCUGCUGAGUGACCGCAGCAGCAUGACCACGGGCUCCACUGUGCCGGUGGAUGGAGGCUUCCUGGCUACCUGAGCCCCUCCACCCACACACACCCGUGUUCCAUGCUGAGCCCACUUUUACCCCCACCCCCCUUCCCCGUCCCUCCAAUAAACAUGAUUCUUCUGCCCAGCCUGCACACUCAUUCCUAGGCUGCAGUCAAGUGGCCGGAAGAUGUAGCGCUCAGGGCUGGGUGUGGGGAUGAGUCCCAGGUAGAGGCAACCAUUCAACUCACAUCCUGGGCCAGUGGCAGCCUGUCCCUCCUGCAAGAGAUUUUCAGGCCUGGCUAAGUCCCUGGCAGGACUGGGAGGUAGAACCUUCCAGAAGGCCAGCUCCUAAUGAGGGUGGUGAAUUUGACCGAGGAUGGCCUUUGGCCCUGUCCAGAGGUCUCUGGUGUGGAAGCAGUGGUGUUUUUAACAUGAAUGUUGGUUGGCAUUCCUGAAGUCCAUGCAUAAGACAAAAGUGACCUGAGGAUGCUGUGUGUUGGGACUUCAUUACUUUGUUGAUGACUUGAGCGACUUCUUUGCUGAAUCAGAUGACGGUUUUCAAUUUUCAUUCCCUCAACUUUGUGAGUUAUUCACCACGUACUGAGCACAAGCUCCAGCUGUAGAAUUUGCCAACUUCCAUGGUAAAAUACUCCCGCCUGUGUACUGUCCUUGAGGUGGAGCUGGGGAGAGAUGCGUGUCCCCCACCUUUGUGUGGUGUCCCCACCACACAGAUACAAAAGCCUUACACCCGAUAGCACAGAUAAUAGUAAUAUGUACAAAAAUAUUUAGGAAGUGAUGUGUUUUGACUAUUUGUUAAUUUCAUUUUAAAAUACAAUUAAUGUAAGUUUA